UGUAAUGUCCAUUGAUUGGAAGAAUCCACAAGGAAUCCCUUAACCUUUUGAUGAUUCCAACUACUUUUUGUGGUUAAAGAAAAAUUAAAAUUUGAGGAAUAGGAACUUGAUUCAUCCAUUAUCCUCCUCUACUUUCCAAUAUAACCAACCAUUUAUUGCACCUUUUUUUCUUCCCCUUGUAAAAAAAAUCAACUCAUUAUCAUUUAAUAUUUUACAACAUUUUGUUCUCUCUCCAUGAACAAAUUUUUGCGCUAACAAAGGCGACUGUUUAAGUUAUAUGCAUUGACAGUAUAAAUAUGGCGGACGAGGAUGAAGCUUUGGAAAAUAAGACGGUAUUAGUUCGAAGUGGUUCACACAUGUAUGAUGAAUUGAGGAGUUUUAGGACGUGGUUUAAGUGGAUGUGUGUGGAUCAAUCGAACCCUUCGUCUGCUUGUUUGUCUUGGUUUGUAUUUAGUUUGCUAACUUUUGUUGUGCCAUGGCUGUCUCAUUAUCUACUGGCUUGUAGCGAGUGCGAUGCUGAUCAUAGUAGGACUUAUGACUGUGUUACUCAGCUGUCGAUGAGCAGCGUUGCUGCUCUGUCGUUCAUCUGUCUUUCGAGGUUCAAUAAGAAAUAUGGACUUCGGAGGUUCUUGUUCCUGGAUAAACUUUGUGAUGAGAGUGAGACUGUUAGAAACUGCUACACACAACAGCUCAAUAGAUCGACGAAGAUCCUAUUCAUUUUUGUCCUUCCAUGUUUUGUUGCUGAAAGCACAUACAAGAUUUGGUGGUACAGCUCAGGUGGAAGCGGAAUCCCGUUCUUGGGCAAUGUCAUCGCCUGCAUUCUGGAGCUGAGCUCGUGGUUCUACAGAACGGUCGUGUUCUUCUUAGUUUGUGUCCUUUUCCGCUUGAUAUGUUACCUUCAGAUUCUCCGACUACAGGAUUUCGCUCAAGUACUCUUCCAUGUGGAUUCUGAUGUUGAAUCUGUGUUGAGAGAACACCUCAGGAUCAGGAGGCAUUUGAGAAUUAUUAGCCAUAGGUUCCGCGUAUUCAUCUUGUGGGCAUUGAUAUUUAUCACAGCAAGUCUAUUUGCCUCCCUACUACUGACUACACGCCCAAAUGCAGAUCUACGUGUCUAUAAGAGUGGUGAACUUGCGCUGUGUUCCGUCAGCCUUCUUGCUGGACUGAUGAUACUGUUGCGGAGUGCAACAAGAAUUACUCACAAGGCACAAUCAGUGACAUGCCUCGCUGCAAAAUGGCAUGCCUGCGCGACAAUAGACUCGUAUCAUUGGGCUGAGACUGAGUCUCCUCCAGCAGCUCAUCAAGUAGAUUGCAACAAUGGUUAUAACGGAUCAUCUGAUGCAGAGGAUGUUGGAGAUGAAGAGGAUGAACUGGAUAAUACAAAGUUUGUCCCCUCGUAUGCCUAUAGUACAAUCUCGUUCCAAAAAAGACAGGCUCUAGUGACAUAUUUUGAGAAUAAUCGAGCAGGAGUUACGAUAUAUGGUUUCAUGUUAGACAGAACUUCUCUUCACACCAUUUUCGGAAUAGAGCUGACACUGAUGCUCUGGUUGCUUGGUAAAACCGUUGGCGUUUCUUGAAUUAUUAAUUUGCUGUGUAUUUAUGUCGUCGCUCAUUGAAAUUGUAUAGUAUAAGACAUGUAGUAUGGAUCCAUGAUAUGGUUGUACUUGUAUGGUUCCUUGGACACUGUUAAAUUGAUGAAAAUUUUCUUCUUGCUUAUGAUAAA